UUCUUAUCUAAAAAUAAAUUUGUCGUCGCAAAUUGCAUCGUUCAAAACACACAUGUUGACAGAGUGUUUUGUUUUUAUUUUUAUCGUUGAGAGGGGUGUGUCCCGAAGAGCCAAAUUUAUCGUCUUUCGGUUUUCUGUGCUUGCUUCGGUUUGUUUACGUUUGCAGCUCCUUACAUCACACACAGUGACCUUGCGCACGAUACGGAUUUGAAAGCUGACCGAUCAGCUGAUAAUGGGUUUACUCAGAAGAGGACCAAAUGUGGUUUCUUUGAUGGUAUUUUUUUUCCAGGGCAACACGGAUCAGAAGGUCGUCAGCCGAUUAGUCACUCAGUUCCAUCCCCCCACAAAAUGGCCGAUGACAAACGGAAACGGGUCUCGUACUGGUACUUCGGUGGUUUGGCCAGUGCCGGUGCUGCCUGCUGUACUCAUCCGCUCGAUCUGCUCAAGGUCACUCUGCAGACCCAGCAGGAAGGAAAAAUUUCGAUGCUGCAGCUAACCGGAAAGGUCAUUCGAACGCAGGGAGUGCUCGCACUGUACAAUGGUCUGUCGGCAUCGUUACUACGACAGCUGACCUAUUCAACCACCCGUUUCGGAAUUUAUGAAGUCGGGAAGCAAACCCUAGGAAAUGACACCGGCUUUUUCGGUAAAGCUUUGCUUGCUGGAGCAGCUGGUGCUGCGGGUGGUUUUGUGGGCACUCCUGCCGAUAUGGUCAAUGUACGCAUGCAGAACGAUAUCAAAUUACCAGCCGAUCAGAGAAGAAACUAUAAACAUGCUGUCGAUGGACUGUUCCGUGUCUUCCGCGAAGAAGGAUUUGUACGCUUAUUUUCCGGUGCCUCUACUGCUACCUCGCGUGCCGUACUUAUGACCAUUGGACAGUUGUGUUUUUACGAUCUGGUUAAGGACAUGCUACUUAGCUCGGGUCACUUCGGUGACAAUCUGACCACUCACUUCCUGUCGUCGCUGACGGCUGGCGCGAUUGCGACAACCCUAACUCAGCCGCUGGACGUGCUGAAGACGCGGGCUAUGAACGCUAAACCCGGUGAAUUCGCCAACGUGUGGGCCAUCGUCAAGUACACGGCUCGGCUCGGUCCGCUCGGGUUCUUCAAGGGUUAUGUGCCGGCCUUUGUUCGACUGGGACCGCACACAAUUUUGACGUUUGUGUUUCUCGAACAACUGCGAAUGAAUUUGGGCUAUCUGAAGCCGGAACAGAAGCAGUAGUGGUGGUUGCAAACGGUCCCAACGUCAAUUGAGCUUGCUGUCUGUUCUGUACUUUUGAUGUUAAUGUUUGUUUGUUUUUUGUUUUUAACUAUACGGGUAAUCAAUUGCUGUCUGUUGUGUUUGUCGUAGCUGAAUGAUAGAAAUUGUUGCAUUUUGCUUACUUCAUUUCCGUUAAACUAGGGUCAAACAGAAUCAAACUAACGUUCGCCAAAGGCAUUCUAUCCAUGGGAUAAGUUUACGAAAUUACUCUGCAAGAUCUGAGUACAAGUUAGAACCAACGAAUCAGAAAUAACAUUCCGCUGACGCUAGCUCAUUAUUAGGGGAACAGAAAAUAUUAUAUUUUUGUAAUUGUGAAAUCAGUGGCAAUGGAUUAUUAAUAAAGUGUUUAUUUAUGUGAA